GCUCAACCGCUGAUCCUUCUGUAUACCAAACCUUUGAAGAACAAGAAAGCUUCGAUUAGUAAAGAAAAAAAAAAACCCCUCAAUCGAAGUCAAAAGCAAUGGCCUCAUUCGAGCAAGCGCCGCCAGGUAAUGCGAAAGCUGGGGAGAAGAUCUUCAAGACCAAGUGCGCCCAGUGUCACACCGUGGAAAAAGGCGCUGGUCACAAGCAAGGGCCAAAUCUGAAUGGGCUUUUUGGGAGGCAGUCCGGCACAACUCCAGGGUACUCUUAUUCCGCUGCUAACAAAAAUAUGGCUGUGAAUUGGGGAGAGAACACAUUGUAUGACUACUUGCUUAAUCCUAAGAAGGUAUGUAGGAGUCUUUUUUUUUUUUAAUUUUCAAUAUAACGU